AUGGUCGCUAUAUUUGGAAAGUCACAGCUCGAAAUACAAGUUACGACUGAUGAGAUCUUACUCCAAGGACAAGCUGAUGAGUCUGCUGGAAAGUUACUCCAGGGUACACUCGUUCUCAACCUAGCCGAACAAACCAAGAUCCGUUCGAUUGUACUGGAAUUUAUUGGCAAAAUGAGAGUAUCUUGGUCAGAAGGUCCGGCUCAUAACCAGCGUCAUUAUAAACAAGAACGCACCAUUAUAUCACAUCUUUGGGACUUCUUACCAGAGUCUUCAGAAGGGAUCAAGAAGAAGGCGCGUAGCUUUGGUCCAGGAAGAUACGAAUGGAAUUUUGAAUUGACUGUACCUGGAGACCUACCUCAAUCUGUGUCAGCAACCAGUGGACAGGUUGACUAUCUUCUCAAGGCCACCGUUCAAAGAUCUGGGCUGGUGCACAACAUAGUAAAGAAAAUGCCCAUAAGAAUUUUCCGUUGUCUGUUGUCUUGUGCAUUUGAGCUUAUCCAGUCCUUUGAGAUACACAACACAUGGGCUGACAAAGUAGAAUAUGACAUCUCAUUACCAUCCAAAGUAUACACCCAUGGAGAAAAUAUACCAGUAACAUUCAAUAUUCUGCCCAUCGCACCACACCUUUCUGUCAUAUCGCUCAUGGCUACCUUGAAAGAAUGCUGUACAUAUACCACCAAGGAUCAUACCAAGACGGACGCUCGCAUUUUACGAUUCAGCAGACAUGAAAAUCCCUUUUUAGACACUACUUUUUCUGACCUUCCUUACUGGAACAGAGUGGUGAACCUCAAAGUGCCCAACACAUCACCUUCUGUAUUAUGUGACGCGAGUAAUGACAUGAUUCUUAUUGAGCACAAAAUAUCUAUCAUCAUUUCAAUUGCCAACCCAGAUGGAUACUUAUCUGAAGUACGAUGCUCAGUUCCGGUAACCAUUAUCGACUCUUAUGCAGAGCAGCAGUACAGGCUAGACGAACUACCGGCAUACAAUGACAUAUGGCGAUCAGUUCCCUACAGUUUAGACGUCUUGGAAGCGUUGAGGAGUAGAUCCCAAAGCCUAUCAUCUACCACGUCAGACUCUUCUGUUCAAAGUAUAAGAUCACCUGCUAUUUCAUCAGGGUUAAAUGAAGGAGUAGCGGUCACUGGUAGUAGAUUUCUUAUCAGCCAAAACAGCUCACAUGAUUCCAUCAUCAUUCGUGAAGGGGAGGAGAGAGGGGAUGAAGAUGCUAUCAAACGAGCACAAAACCAAACACGGGAACAAUCAAUGCCCCUAUCUUACUCUGAUCGACCCUCAGGUUGGUGGGACGACCAAGCCCUUUCAAGAGUCCCGUCUUAUAGAACAGCUCUAAGAAAUGACUUUGUGUACGAGGCGUCUAAUCUUCCUACAUAUGAUUCUAUUCAAAGAUCACAAGCAAUUUACUCUUAA